AUGGCUAACAACACGGGGAUAAGCGCCACCGAACUCGUGGGCUCGGUGGGGUUGAUCCUGGCGGUUCUCGUAGAGGUGGGGGCCGUGCUGGGCAAUGGCACACUGCUCGUGGUGGUGCUGCGCACUCCCGGGCUGCAAGAUGCCUUCUACCUGGCGCACCUGUGCGUUGUGGACCUGCUGGCAGCCGCCUCCAUCAUGCCUCUGGGCCUGCUGGCCGGGCCGCCCGGGCUGGGCAGUGUGCCCCUGGACCCCUCAUCAUGCCGGGCGGCACGCUUCCUCUCGGCGGCUCUGCUUCCCGCCUGCACACUCGGCGUGGCUGCCCUUGGCCUGGCGCGCUACCGUCUCAUAGUGCACCCGCUGCGGCCAGGCGCGCGCCCGGCGCCAGCGCUAGUGCUCACCGCGGUGUGGGCGGCGGCCGCGCUCCUGGGAGCGCUCUCCUUGCUCGGGCCACCUCCCGCGCCACCACCGGCUCCGGCUCGCUGCUCCGUUCUGGCCGGAGGACUCGGGCCCUUCCGGCCGCUCUGGGCGCUGCUGGCCUUCGCGUUGCCUGCCCUGCUGCUGCUGGCUGCCUACGGUAGCAUCUUCCUGGUGGCGCGGCGCGCCGCUCUCCAGCCCCCGCGAGGAACCCGGCUCCGCUCCGACUCUCUGGACAGCCGCCUCUCCUUCUUGCCAUCCCUCCGGCCACGUCUACCCGGGGGCAAGGCGGCCCUGGCCCCAGCCCUGGCCUUGGGCCAGUUUGCAGCCUGCUGGCUGCCUUAUGGCUGCGCGUGCUUGGCACCCGCGGCGCGCGCUGCAGCAGCCGAGGCGACUGUCACCUGGGUAGCCUACUCCGCCUUCGCGGCUCACCCCUUCCUCUAUGGCCUGCUGCAGCGCCCGGUGCGCUUGGCGCUGGGCCGCCUCACUCGCCGGGCGCUGCCUAGGCCCCCGAAAGUCCGCAUGCCGCAGGCCUGGCACCCGCGGACACUCCUUCAGCGCCUCCAGGGGCUUCGCAAGGACCCUGCCCUGGGCCCUUCCGAGGCACCAGGACAGACCCCAGAAUUGGCAGGACAGAACUCAAGUGUAGAAGCCACCUGA